ACACUCCCAGCGGGGUUUGUUAAAGCUACAGGAGCCACGGCGCGCUAGGGUUCCUCUGGGCACCGCACAGCUGGCACUGCGGCCCUCCAUGUGCGGCUGGCGCCUUUGACAGCGGCGCCGCUUGGCUUCCGACCCCCGAUCCGGGCGCUGCCCAGCUAUCUGGCGCGGGUGCGGCAGCGUCGCCCGGCGGGAUGGGUGGCGAGGCGAGGUCCACGGAGGCCAUGGGCUCUGAGGGUCGCGUGAAGAGCCUGGGUCUGGUGUUCGAGGACGAGCGAAAGGGCAGCUACUCGAGCGGCGAGACAGUGGCGGGGCAUGUGUUGCUGGAGGCGGCCGAGCCGGUGGCCCUCUGCGCGCUGCGCCUGGAGGCCCACGGAUGCGCCACUGCCGCCUGGGGAGCCAGCGCCGGCUCCGCGGCCCCGGCCUCCGUCUCGGAGGUGGAGUACCUGAAUGUGCGCCUGAACCUGCGCGAGGCCCCGCCCGGUGAGGGCACCCUGUCAUUACCGCCUGGAAAACACGAAUUCCCCUUUAGCUUUCAACUUCCGUCUGACCUGUUAGUCACCUCGUUCACCGGGAAAUACGGAAGGAUCCAGUACUGCGUGAGAGCGGUUUUGGAGCGGCCCAGGCUCCCUGCCCAGAGCGUGCAACGGGAACUCCAGGUGGUCAGUCAGGUCGAUGUCAACAUGCCAGCACUGUUAACCCCUGUAUUGAAAACCCAAGAGAAGAUGGUCGGCUGCUGGUUUUUCACCUCCGGUCCGGUCUCUCUGAGUGCAAAAAUCGAGAGAAAGGGCUACUGUAAUGGAGAAGCUAUUCCGAUCUACGCAGAAAUAGAGAACUGUUCCUCCCGACUGGUGGUUCCCAAAGCCGCCAUCUUCCAGACCCAGACGUACCUGGCCAGCGGGAAGACCAAGACCGUCCGGCACGUGGUGGCCCACGUGCGUGGGAACCACAUCGCCUCCGGCAGCACCGACACCUGGAACGGGAAGAUGCUGAAGAUCCCGCCUGUCGCGCCGUCCAUCCUGGACUGCUGCAUCAUCAGAGUGGACUACUCCUUAGCGGUGUAUAUUCACAUUCCCGGUGCUAAAAAGCUGAUGCUGGAGCUGCCCCUGGUGAUCGGCACGGUCCCGUACCACGGCUUUGCCAGCAGGAACUGCAGCGUGGCCAGCCAGUUCAGCAUGGACAUGAGCUGGUGGGCCCUGGCGCUGCCCGAGCAGCCUGAAGCCCCCCCGGAAUACACAGACGUGGUGUCCGAGGAGGCGCUGUCCCGGCACGGCCCGCCCCACCCCGCGCUGCCCAGCUGGGGGGCGGAGGCACACUGCCCCCCCUUCGCCUGCAUUCCAAACUUCCGCUUCCAGCCUCCCCCGCUUUACUCAGAGGUCGAUCCGCAUCCUACCAACACAGAAGAGGCCCGGCCCGUCUCCUUCAUUCUGUGAAUGCAUCUUGGGAGCCACCGGGAUCGUCCGUCCCCCAGGGGGAACGGCAGCUCUUUUCCCCUGCCCUCGGGGCACACGGGAGGGAAGAUUCGCUUAGGAACCCAAAUGGACAUCACCAAGAAAUUAAAACAGUACGUGGGCUGACCAGCAGGCUGGCGGGCUUGUUGCCCAAGUUUGUGGUGGGGCCGUGUGUCCCCUUUGAAGAAUGGAAGUCCCAGAGUGUAAUGGGAGCCCCGAUGGUGACAGAAUAAGAGGAGGGCUGAUCGCGCUCUGUGUGACCAGGAGAAGCACUAUGCAAGGGUUCUCAGAGCGGAGCGAAGGCCACCCGGGCGCCCUGCGGUGGGGGGACCUGACUAUGGGGAAGUUGGGAUGGGCAGGGGCACGAGGAAACUGAGUCCAAACGCCAACUGAGACCUCCCCCUCGGGGGCCCUCUAAUCCCCUCCCUCGCACGUCCCAGAGGCCUGCGGUCGUGGAAGACCGGUUCCUGAGACCGUGGCUGUCGGAGGCCCUCAGGAAGGGAUUCGGCUUCCACUCUUUUCUGGGCCCAUUUGAGACAUAGUUGAUACCUUGGCGGUCGAGUAUUAGGAACCCAAGCAAGGGUCCCUUGAAAGGCAUGUGAGUGCAACGGGGAAAGGCGAAUUUCCCCGCGGGGACCCCUUUUGUCGGAGGCUGUGGUUUCUACCCUCUUUAGUACUUGAACAGGAUUCGUGUGUGGUUUUCCUCACGUCCUAUUUACCUGAGAGCGUGCCAGACCGAAAGAAGGGUAAAGAUGCACGUUUGGGAUGCCGUGGUACCAACACAAGAAGGCGAAACAAGGGCUCCUUCUAACCUACCUCCAGUGGACGAUCAGUUGUUUUCGAACUCGGCCCCACGGGUCUCGGGAGGGCCCGGCCCCCCGGCAGGGGCGCCUCAGCUCGGGUGUCACUGCAUCUGGAACCAAACCCCGGAAGCCCCUACGUGGUUAGCAUCAGGUGGGAGUUAACGCAGGUAAACCAAAGGGGACUUCAAAAGAAAUGCAAGACCAAAAGAGGGUAGAAAUGCCAUUUUUUUGAAACCGCGCGGACUGGGUUCCUGCCAGGAGACGCGUGUCCCCCUGAGGGCAAGCACUGCCUGGUACCUUAUCCGUCCAAUUCCUUAGUGAUUCUCUGGAAACUGUGAUUUUAUUUGUUCUGGUGCAAUAUUUUAUUAGCAUUUAACCUCAGGCUGUGGAGACCAACAGGAUUACGUUGCUGCCGAAAGUCUAAGGAACGUUGUCUCCUAUUCCCUUCUCCCGUCCCCUCCGCCCUCCCACGCAGAGUGGCUGUGGCUGCCGCCCUGCUGGUGUGAGAGCUGAGAGCGCUUCUGCACCGGGGGGCAGGCGAGGCUGGGGUGCCUGUGGCCGGGAUUGGGGACCCACCGAGGGUUUCCUUUGACGGAGAAAUCCUGGCACUUCCCAUGCGAAACACUGUGCUUUGCUGAACAGAACGGUACAUUCAGCGAGAAAGAGAAAAAUUCUGCCAAGGUUAAAUGUUGUAGUUAAAAAUUAGUUGGCCGUUAGGUGAUCCAAUGACGGGGGUGUGCCUCCGCCCUCUGGACACGCCCGUCCCCUCUGCAGUGUGUCAGCGUCCCCGCUGUUUAUCGGCAUAAGCCACCAUUUAGAGUCGGUACUGAAAGUGCCACCAAACUGUUCCCUGCCUUGGUUUUUGAUUUUGCUUGUUCUGGUGUCUGUUUUAAAACAGGUGUGGGUGCUGAAGUUCCAUCCAAACCGUUUUUACUUUUAAAAAGACCAUCUUCCGCUAUUGGCUGACUUCUGAUUAGUUUGCGUGACUCACGAGACACCGUCCUGAGGAUGGACGGGAAGACAGAGGGAGGGGCUGCGGCGGAACAGUUUGGGGGCAGGGGGAGAAAGUCUAUUUAGCUCCCGGUAGGGAAGCCACUGCUUCCUACAGCCCUUCACUGGGCUGGCUUCCUCCCCUCUCUCAGUGAGGUCAUGAAGUGAACAGACCAUGGAAGCAAAGCUGAUGGGCGGGGUAGCUCCCAAGAGAACGGCCACGCGCAGGUUGCCUUCCUGAAUUCUCAUCAGUGUAUCUGACCUCCGGCCGUGGGCUGGAACCCCACCCCUUCUCUCAGUCAAGAAAUUGUUGCAUGAAUGCAGCCAACUCUGCACUGGAACAGAGUACUUGGAAAUGAAGGCAAAAAUAUAGCUGCUGUGUCUGCGUGUAUAGUCCGUUGGGUGGUUUGCAAAGAAACCGUGGCCUUACAACUUCCUUUUCGAUGCAAAAAUGCCGCGAUUCCAACUGCAGCUUUUGGCGCACAAAACCCUUCUGUGGGCAGAGCUGGUUUUCCUUUCGUUUUGCACAGUAAGAAACUCAGUAGGCAGGGGUUUUGUUUUCUGUAAGUUGACCAUGAACGCUUUUAUUUUAUUUCAUUUUUUUUUUUACUGAAAAUGUAACGACCCACAGGGGGAAAAAAAGAUUGUAUUUUGUACUCAUGUUUGAACCCUAUGGGUUCCUUUUAUCAAUAAACCGAUCACACUGAG